CAACAGCAGCACUCUGCUGGUGACCAUUGUGGAGGGUGUACGUGUGCCGCUCCCUUCCUCCUCCUCAGUUACAUGCUCUCUGGAAAGUGCACAGAAAAAACAGUGAAAUGGACCAGACACGAAAACCUCGGCCACCAAACCCGCGUGACACAGCAGGCUGCAUCAGCAAGGCGGUGUUCUGGUGGAUCAUGCCACUGAUGAGACUUGGUUACCAGCGUUCCUUGGAUGUCCAUGAUCUGUACAGUGUCCAGGAGCAGGAUUCUUCCAAGGAACUAGGUGAUAAUAUUCAAAAAAAGUGGGAUGAAGAACUAGAGAGGAGCAAAAAGAAAGGGAAGAAAGCAAGCUACGUCAGAGCACUCGUUCGGUGCUUUGGAUGGGAGUAUGCACGUGUUGGUUUGUAUGCAGCUUUCGAAGAAUGUGUCCUAAGGGUAGCUCAGCCCCUCUUGCUUGGCGGUUUGAUCCGCUAUUAUGACAACCGCUCUGUCAUGAGUCUCACCUCUGGGGUGGUGUGUGCUGCAGGCAUUGUUCUCAUUGCUGUGCUACACAUAUUUGUCUACCACCCAUUCAACUUCAAAUGUCGCCGCAUCAGCCUGCAUGCCAAGACAGCUUCUUGUACCUUGAUCUUCAGAAAGGCAUUGCGCUUGAGUAAGGCAGCCUUGGGAAAGACAACAAUUGGCCAGAUGGUCAAUUUGUUGUCAAAUGAUGUUAACAGAUUUGAUACCAGCGUUAUCUUCAUGCACUACCUCUGGAUUGGUCCCCUUCAGACGUUGAUAGUGUUGGGCAUCCUUUGGACAGAGCUCGGGCCAUCAUGCCUGGCCGGGAUUAUGCUCCUCAUACUCUUUGUACCGCUUCAGAGUUGGAUGGGCAAGGUGUUCUCCAAGCUGAGACUGGCCACUGCGCACCGCACAGAUGAGCGUGUGCGUAUUAUGAGUGAGGUAGUCAAUGCCAUGAGAGUUAUCAAGUUGUACACAUGGGAGAAACCUUUUACAGCACUCAUAGAGAAAGCAAGGAAAUCUGAAAUUGAUGUGAUCAUGAAGACUAACUAUUACCGGGCAGUUAACAUGUCUCUAUUCUUCACCUCAUCAAAAGUGAUAGUCUUCUUGGCUCUCCUCACAUAUGUCCUCACUGGCAAUGUUCUCACAGCAGAAAAGGUAUUUGUCACUAGUUCACUCAUCAAUAAUGUUCGACUUGUGAUGACACUCUUCUUUCCCUUUGGUAUUGCUAUGGGCUCUGAAACACUGAUAUCUUGCAGGAGGUUACAGAACUUCCUCGAGAUGGAAGAGAGAGAAGACGAAAGUUCCAUACAGAAGAGCAAUCUCAGGCCCAAACAAAAGGAUUGUGGACUGACAGUAACAGAUCUGACUGCAAAAUGGAGUGAAGCAACAGAAGAGGACACAUUAAGUGAGGUGUCUUGUUCAGUGAAGACUGGAGAGCUACUUGCUGUUAUUGGUCCAGUUGGAUCUGGGAAGGGAUCACUUCUUCAAGCAAUUCUUGGAGAGUUGCCUGCUAAAUCUGGAUCAAUCUCUAUCAGGGGAAAAGUGGCAUAUGCAUCUCAAGAACCCUGGGUGUUUUGUGGAACUUUGCGGCAAAAUAUUCUCUUUGGGCAGCCUUAUGAUGUGAAGAGAUAUAAUGAAGUCAUUAAAGUUUGUGCAUUGGAGCAGGACCUAGAGCAACUGCCGCAAGGAGACCAGACAAUGGUUGGUGAACGUGGGGUUUCUCUAAGUGGUGGCCAGAAAGCCAGAGUCAACCUUGCAAGGGCUGUUUAUUAUGAUGCAGACAUAUACCUGCUCGAUGAUCCACUCAGUGCAGUAGACAGCCAUGUUGGCCGACAUUUGUUUGACAACUGUAUCAUGAGGCACCUCAAACACAAGGCCAGAGUGCUUGUAACUCAUCAGUUACAGUACCUGCAGCCAGCAUCACAAAUUCUUAUAUUAAGAGAGGGUCACACUGAAGCCAUUGGAGGCUAUCAUCAGUUGGUCAAUAGUGGCAUCGACUUUGCAUCUUUACUCUCUGAUGGUGACGAUGAGAAAGUGGGGUCACUAUCACGAGAACCCAGCAUGAGAAGCACUAAGAAGAAUGGUGUCAUCCCAAAUGGAAGACAUGUUCAGGAUGGAGUUGGAUCCUCAAGGUCAUUGCAAAGGAAGGGGCGUCUGAAUUCAGAGUCAAGUGUGUCUUCCUUUCACGAUUCUGUUGAGGUUGAGAAUAUCUUGACCAUCUCUGGGGCCAAUAUUGCUGGCUCAUCUCUCUCCCUCAGUGACAGCAUCAAAGAGUCUCCUAACAAGAAUUCUAAAAAGCACCUCCGCAGUGACAAAAGGCUGGACAACAGAACUGAAGAGGAGAAAUCACAAUUACUGUUGAACGACACUGAUGAUGGUGAACCAGAAGAUAGUACUCGUUCGGAAACAAGAGCUGAAGGUUCUGUCAGAGGUGCCGUUUACCUUGAAUAUUUUCUGGCUGGUGGUGGCUGGAUCCUCUUAAUUAUUCUCUUUAUAGCAAAUGUACUGACACAAGUUAUCUUUUCUGGAACUGAUUACUGGCUGUCUUACUGGGCUAAUGGAGAACAACAGCGUGCUCGACUUUUACUGAAUUCACAGGACAAUUUUUCAGUUAUAAGUGGAAAUGGCUCGAGCUUCUCAUACAGUGAUGCUCCCAUACCUGAUGGCUAUUUGGACACUUACACAAAUGUUUACAUUUAUACUGGCUUGACUGUUGGACUCUUUGUGCUGUCACUAGGCCGAACAGUUCUUUUCUUUGUGAUGUGCAUGACUUCAUCGAGAAAACUGCACAAUCGCAUGUUCGAGUGUAUCAUUCGUGUUCCUAUCAAGUUUUUCGACACUCAUCCUAUUGGACAGAUAUUUAACCGCUUCUCAAAGGAUAUUGGACAAAUUGAUGACUUUCUUCCUGGUACUUUGUGGGAUGUCGUUGAAAUUCUCUUGAACUUCAUUGGUAUUAUUGUGGUCAUCGCUUCUGUCAACAUAUGGAUAAUCCUUCCUACAUUGGUUCUUGGCAUUAUAUUCAUAUUUUUGCGUCGUUUCUACCUAAGCACUGCACGAAAUGUCAAACGACUGGAAGGCAUCACCCGUAGUCCUGUGUUCUCGCACCUGAGUGCUUCCCUUCAAGGUCUUACCACCAUCAGAGCAUUCGAGGCCCAACAGAAAUUUAUGGAUGACUUUGAUAAUCAUCAGGACUUGCAUUCCUCAGCCUGGUUCCUCUUCCUGUGCACAACUCGGUGGUUUGGCAUUUGUCUUGACUGGAUUUCUGGCAUCUACAUUGCUAUAGUCACCUUCAGCUUCAUGGGCAUGUCAAAUGCUCUUGGAGGGGAUAUUGGUUUGGCCAUCUCCUCUGCCAUGUUGUUGUCUGGUAUGUUCCAGUGGGGAGUAAGACAGUCUGCAGAAGUGGAAAACCAAAUGACUUCAGUGGAACGUGUGAUGGAGUAUUCUCAUUUGGAACCUGAAGCUCCACUGGAAACUGACAAAGAUAAGCUUCCACAUGCUGGUUGGCCUGAACAUGGUAUCAUCACCUUUGAGGAUGUGUCUCUACAAUAUAAUGAGAAUGACCCUCCUGUGCUUAAGAAUCUAAAUUUCUGCAUCAAAGCCAGUGAAAAGAUUGGAAUAGUGGGCAGAACAGGUGCUGGUAAGUCAUCAAUGUUGACAUCGCUCUUCCGUCUGACUGAACCUACGGGCGUCAUUCGCAUUGACAGCAUCAACAUAAGAGAGUUGGGACUACAUGACGUCCGUGGUAAUAUUUCUAUAAUACCCCAAGAUCCUACUUUAUUCUCUGGCACUAUGAGAAAAAAUUUGGAUCCAUUUACCCUUUAUACAGAUGAAGAGCUUUGGAAAGCACUGGAAGAGGUUCAACUUAAAGAUGCUGUGUCAGAUCUAGAGGGAGGUCUUGAAGCACAAAUGUCAGAAGGAGGCAGUAACCUCAGUGUUGGCCAACGACAGCUUGUAUGUUUAGCUCGUGCCAUCCUAAGGCACAACAAAAUUCUCGUUCUUGAUGAAGCAACAGCCAAUGUCGAUCCAAGAACUGAUGGAUUAAUUCAACAGACAAUUAGAUCAAAGUUUAAAGACUGCACUGUGCUCACAAUUGCUCAUCGCUUGCACACAAUCAUGGACAGUGAUCGAGUGAUGGUGCUUCAAGCUGGUAGAGUUGAGGAGUUUGACGAACCACACGUCUUAUUGAAAACUGAAAAUUCGUUGUUUGCUUCAUUAGUUCAGCAGACGGGUAAAGCGGCAGCAGAACAGCUACGCCAGAUUGCAGAAAAAGCAUAUUUUGAACAGCAUAAGAAUGAUGCAUCAACAGAAGUGAUGUUGGAAGAUAAACAAGAUGUGGGAUGUGAUAAUGCAACAUCUUCAGGUGAUAAUUUAAGAACUGAAACAUUAUGAAAAUAAAUCAUGGUGCAGCAAAAGAGCUAAGAAAGACAGUGACUAUAGGUUAAAAUUUGUCAAGGAAAGAAUGACAGUGAUAUAAUAGUAAUGAAAAUUAGCAACUUUGGGUAUGGUGAAGUACUAAACUGUGAUUUUGUAGUGCAUUAUUUGACAUAAUUGACUUUAACACAGACUACUUAACUGACAGGGAUAUAAAACUGUGUGUGUGAAGAUGAAGCCACUGUUUUUUUUUAAUACACUAGUAAUUGUGAUAUUUCUUCAUACCAAAUUUUGGUAAUGCCUUGUACUACCAAAUUCAUGGGAUAUAUCUAAAAUCCAUGAAGGCCAUACAUAUAGUGCCUGGGGAAUGGGAGGCAAUCAGAUUUGAAGGGUAGGUUCAAUUCCUUGGAUCAAGAGCCCUUUUAAGGCAUUACCCCUUGAAAGGCAAUGUCUUUAUUAUUAUUAUAAAAAAAGCGCUAAACCUACAAGGGUCAUACAGCGCCGCAAUGUCUUAAAAUGUGCUCAUUACCGUCAAGCAUGAGAGGCAAUUUUGCUAUUUAAUAGAGGUUUAUUACUUCAUGGGUUGUAUUAUUGCAAGCCAUUGAGGAGUGGCUGAUCCCUUCAACUGCUGUCUUUAGAAAUUCAUAUAGAGCACCAUGACUAUGGUACCUUAUUUUUGGAGGUGGGUCAGAUAUAAUUGGUAGCUAAAUGCCAUUUACAAUUUGAGCUUUGAUCUGUGAAAUGGGACCAGUUGUUUGUAGUUGUUAAUCUAUAUUUUAUUGUUAUCUAUUUUGUUUUCUACACAGUACCUUAAAAUAUACAUUCUAGAUAAAUCUCUAAUAAAAAUGCAGCAAAGCCUCUGAAUCAGUAUAAUUCACUUGGAGGAAAUGCUGGGCAUCAGAUUAAAUUGCUUAAUACCCUCAUGAGUAGUACUCCAAAACUGCUCUAUAUUCAUGUGUUGCACCAGUUAAACCUUAGUAAAAUAAAGAAUUCUAAUUUAAAUCUUAAUUAAGGUAAUUACCACAAACAUUAAAGCUAAAAUAAGUUUUACUCUAAUUAUUGCAUAAAGUAAUUUUGUCGUUAGUUUAUGAGGAAGAAGUCAACCAUGUAUUACCAGCUCAAGCUGCACAACUAUCCUAGCCAAGUAACUUAAUAGACCUCAGCUAUUUACUUGAUACGGUAUUCUACACUAUUUGUGAAACAAAAAUCUUUUCGUACCUGUGUAUUGUGUCUGUCAAGUACUUUCUUUUAUUGAUGCCCAGUUGGUAAUAAUUCAAUCUGCAUCAUUGAAAUAGUAUUUCAUGCAAUGAAUAUUCUGGCCAAGGCAAAAUUAUACUCAUCAGUGAGGUGAAGAGGCAUAACUGAUUUGGAGUGCUCUGCCAUAUUUGAUUUUUAUUUUUUGACAUUGUGUAAGAUCUGUAAUUUGUUAUAAAUCAAUAAAAUUUUGAUUUUCUGAUGUAUAAAAUAAAAGUAUUUAUUAGCUUCCACCAUCUUGUACUAUAUAAAGAUUAAAUCUAGGGUAAAAUUUGCUUAACAGAUCUUGAAAAGAAGUGAUAAGAUUCAGGAAAAAUUUUAACAAGGGAAUACAAUAUUGACAAGUAGAUGAGCAAGAUGUGUAACAUGUCUUACUCACAGAUUCAGUAAAGAUAAGACUGGAUUACAAGGGCUUUCAAAACAGUUUGACAAUGCAUUUGUGCUUUAGAAAUAGUUUUGUAUUUGUAAUUCUGUUGAGCAUACCACAACUAGAAAAAUAAACAUUUUACUUCUGUUAUGUUCUGAAGUAGUUAGCAAGACAUUUCGGCUCUUAAGUUUCAGAACGAAUUAAGACUUAAAACAGGAUCUCCCAUUUGACUCUGAUAUUGAAGCUUGUAUUGCAGACUACAAGUGUCAGCUCUGCUUCACAUCAAACUAGCACAUUUUUAAGUUAAUAUUUAGAAUGUUCUGGCACUAUGUAUUUCAAAUUGGACCCAGAGGGGCUCAGCACUUCCUCUGUUAAUAUAAUAGUUAUUGACUGAAUUGUUGGAAAUAGUAGUGUAUAAUGAAAAAAUCGAAUACAGUGGACCCCUGCCUUACGAUAUUAAUUCAUUCCAGAAGUCUGUUCGGGUGCCGUUACUGAACGAAUUUGCUCCCAUCAGGAAUAUUGUAAAUUAGAUUAGUCCGUUUCAGACCCCCAAAACUACACGUACAAAAGCAUUUACAAAAAUACACUUACAUAAUUGUUCGAGUUGGGAGCUGAUCGUAAGGUGGGGGUCCACUGUAUAUUAUUAGAAUUAUAAUCAUGGAGUGCUAAACCUGUAGGAUUAUACAACACCUGGGGAGGAGGGGGAUGGAAGGCAUUCAGGGAACUGAAGCACAGAUCCAAUUCCCUAGAUCAAGAGCCCCUUGCCAGCAUCAAGGAACCUCCCUUGAAGGGAAUCAAUCAAAUAUAUUAAAUUCAUCAAGUUUCUGUAAUCUUACAGCUUAAAAUUUAUUAAUUUUUGAUACUGUAAUUAUUUUUACAUGCCUUUAUUAAUGACUGCACUGUAUAUGACUAUUUCCAGCAUGAAGCUAAUGUUCCUGAUAAAAAAAAAAAUUUAUCUAGUUAUGACAGACAAUGAAGACUACUAAUGUGUUUCCAACACAAGAUGAACUUGUUAUAAACCAAGAGGACCUUCCCUCUUCCUAACAUUCACCCUAAUGCAGUGGAGUGAAAGUGAUUUAUGUUGAGGGGUUGGAGCCUUUUCUUCCCUGCAAGGGAUGCCACUCUUUCCACUGGGUGCUUGCCUAAGAACCCAGGCUCUUUUGCCCCUGUCAAAAUUUAUUGACACAGCAAGUUAACAAGUGUAAAUUUGAUUAAUAUUAAACUAAAUAUGUUCAAAGCACUGAAUAACCAAAGAGUUCUACAGCUUUGUAUGCAAGAUGCAAAUAAUAUAAUUAAAAUUUUCUCACUACUGAGAAUAUAGUAUAGACUAUAAUGAUAGUUUGCUGCAGUGUCAGGAGGGUUAUGUAGGCCAUCAAUUAGAUAUAUACAUAACAAAAAGGGCACUCUACCAUUUAAACAUAAUAUUGCUGCUUGAGUAACCCACUGGAAAGCAUGAAAGAAAUUGGACUGGUUUAAAUUUGUGCAAUGUGCUAUAUUUGUUUUAUACAACAGUACAGUAAGUGGACAAGGUUGGUCUGAGGCUGCAGAUUAAUUAAACAUUAACUGUUGCAAGGAAUUACAUUGGUGCAAAUAUGGCAAAAUAAAUAGAUUAUUCCAACACUAAUGCAGUAUACAGUACUGUACAUCUCUCAAAAUUGAACUUAUUUCUGACUAUGCAUUCAAGAUUAUAGUAUUGUAUCUAAGAAUUCUUUUGACAUUUGGAAAAUUACUAACUUUUAUUGGGAAAGUCUUAAUUCUGUUGAAGUAUGAACAAGAGCUGUCCCAUUUACAUAUCUAAUUUCUGGGGCACCAACCGUACAAUUUAAAAUAAAAUAUUACUAUACACUGUGUGUGUGUACAUGAAGUAUCAUGUGAUUAAGCUGUAUUUUACUUUUUCAUAAUAUUGUGAAUGUCAGCUUAAAUUUAAAAAGAAUAAAUUACUUAAAAUUAAA